AAUGUUCUUCACAGAAUUGCCUCGGCACACAGUAGCUGGUUACUUUACACCAAACUCAAAUAACUUUACUCCUCAACUUUAUUAGACCUUAUCCAGAGCCAGUGACACUUCCAGACUUUAAUAAGGUCAUUUGCCAUACAGAGAUUAUAAUGAUGUGGCAGAUGUUGAUGAUUUUCCUCCUGACUGAAUUCAUUCCAAUCUCUUCAUAUACAUCAAACUUCACAGUUUCAUGUGAAAGAUUUCAAGAAAAGAAAACUUUGAGAGUGAGAGCUGGUGAAUCCUUGUAUUUACCCUGUUCAAAUCUUGACUGCUAUGAAGCAACUGAAAAUACUUCGUAUAUUUGGUACAAAAACCUCAGCAAAACAUUGCAGUUUGAGCAAAUCGGAACGGAGGAGAGCGAGCAUGUGCAUUACCAUGAGUCUGUGCUGUACAUCCUUAACUUAACUACGAACGACACAGGAAGUUACAUCACACACUGGUGGUAUUCAAAUAACAGUUGUGAUGAAUAUGAAAUUGACAUUGUGGUUUAUGAAGAAUUCAACACAAAUCUGUUAUACAGUCCAAUGUCAGAGAUAAAAGUAGCUGGAAUUUACUGCCCAGUGUGUGAUAAACAGGAGGGUACCUUCACCUGGUAUAAGAAUUUCACUCUUAUUCCAAACCAAGAGUCAGGGCGGAUUUUACGCAUUCGUAAUGCUUCAAAAGACAGCGCUGGAAUUUACACCUGUGUUUGUACCUGGGAGCAUCAUGGCAGAAUGUACAACACUUCUGGAUCUCGUGAACUGUUGAUCAGAGAUCAGCCUCCCAGCAAUCCUACAAUCAUUCUUCUUCCUGUCAAUUCCACUAUGAUCGCUGAUCUGAAUACAGAAAUAGUCCUCUUGUGUUCUGUGCGCUUUGGAAUCAAUGUCAGAGGUCAGUGUAAAGUUGAGUGGGAAAGAAAUAGGACCCAGCUGAUUGGUGUGGAUGGAUAUAAGCAGGAAUUCAGAGAGGUAGAUGGGGUCUCUCAGUCAGUUUUGACCAUCAGUAAAGUUUCACAGGUGGAUCUUCAAUCUGAGUUUCACUGCAGAGUCGAAGAUGCUUUUAAAGUGCGUUAUGUGUCAGUAACUCUGAAGAGUCGAGUCGCAAAAAAUUCACAAGCCUCACUCGCCCUUGUGGAGUGGGACAUGGUCAUGUGUCUGUCACUGGGGGAGAGAGGAAGCGAUGAAGCAUCAGUUCUUUUGGUGGUUUUGCCAUGCAUCUCUAUGUUUCUUCUUCUGCUGGUUAGUGAAAUGGUGAAGUGGUUUGCUGUGGAUCUGCUGCUGUUUUUGAGGGGAAUUUUCACCAAGCUGAACAGAAAAGAGGAUGGUAAAGUAUAUGAUGCGUAUGUGAUUUACCAGAGAAACAGCUUGGAUGAGAUGACAGCUAAAACUCUAAGUGACUUUGUCAAUGGAGCUCUUCCGACUGUACUGGAGAGAUAUUACGGCUUUAAACUGUACAUUCAUGGCAGAGAUGACCUACCAGGAGAAGACAGUAUAAAUCUGAUUGAAACGAAGAUACAGCUCAGCCGAAGACUUAUCUUCAUUUUAACACCAGGAACAAGUGUUGAUCAAAGCGGCAUUUCUCCUGAAGCAUAUGAUCUGCAAGUGGGCCUUCAUCAGGCUCUCGUACAAGGAGAUACGGGUGUAAUUUUGAUCCAGCUGGGAGAAACACAGGACUACACACAUCUGCCUCUUGGUUUACAACAUCUUCUUCAUAAGAAUUCUCCCUUAAUGUGGAGAGAAGAGCAAUUGUCGCCAAACUCAAGAUUUUGGAAACAGGUGCGGUAUAGGAUGCCCGUUCCAUCAUCGUGUCAGAGAAACAGAAAAAUAAAUAACAAGACAGUGCACAGCAUCAUUUGAAAAUCAGGUUUACCAAUCGACCCUUUCAGAUGAAUUUUAUAGAAAUAAUACAAAAUCAUGAUAAAACGCUGUUGCCGGGGGCACUUAUAGUCUAAAACGCAAGUUACUCUGAGAGGUUAUUUUUCCCAGUAUUGAAAUCUUUAAAUAAAUCUUGAGAAGUGCAUACUGUGGAAUGGAUUAAACUAUGUGUCAGCCUUUAUUCCCAAAUGAACAUCAUCAGUAGGGUUACAAACAUAGAAGAGGAAAAUAUUUCUUUAUUGCCACUAUGCCAUGUGAGAUUUAAGUAAACCAGCUUUAUGUGCAUUUGGAAAAAAAGUCUCAUCAUUACUAAUUAAAUGCCAAAAUCUGAGAUGCAUUCAUUUAGCUUUUUGGCCUACUGAUAUCCUAAUGUGUCACAAAUCAAACAAUAACAGGAGAAUUGUGACUGUAUAUAAAUAUUUCAAGAUAAACAGACUAAUCUAAUUUUCUUCUCUCUUUGAUUGAUUUUAUUACUAUUUUAUGUGUAUUUAUGCAUUUUCCUUUCUUAUCUUUUCCUCUUCUUUUUUUAUUUUUCAAACCUAUUUUUAUUUUUAAUCUGUUUUAUUCUAUGUAUGUGAACAUCUGUUAAGCACUUUGUUAACACUGUUUUAAAAGGUGAUAUAAAUAAAGCUUUAC